CGCCCCAUCUCAAAUACUGUCUUCUGUCCUCCCUCUCUGCUUGCCCACGCUGGUGCCCGCAAGGUCGUAAUAUUUUUCAAGACUAUGCAAGCGGCGCGAUGCCCGACCGAUGAGCUGUCGCUGAGUAAUUGUGCCGUGGUGAACGAGAAGGAUCUUCAGUCAGGACAAUAUGUGACGGUGAAGACCACGCCCACACACAAGUUUGUGUUCACCUUGACGACCCACCACACGGUGGCACCUGGAAGCAUCGCCUUCAGCCUGCCACAGAGGAAGUGGGCCGGCCUCUCCAUCGGUCAGGAAGUGGAAGUGGCCAACUACAACUUUGACAAGUCCAAGCAGUGCAUUGGCACCAUGACAAUCGAGAUUGACUUCCUGCAGAAGAAGAGUACAGACUCCGCCCCCUACGACUCCGACAGGAUGGCCGCCGAGUUCGUCCAACAGUUCAACAACCAGAGCUUCUCUGUUAGCCAGCAGUUCGUGUUCAGCUUCUGCGACAAACUGUUCGGCUUGAUGGUGAAAGACAUCGAUGCGAUGGAUGCCAGCAUCCUGAGAGGAGAACCGGCUUCUGGAAAGAAACAAAAGGUCGACAUCGGGCUGAUGGUGGGCAACAGCCAGGUGAUCUUUGAGAAGGCUGAGAGCUCAUCCCUCACACUCAUUGGAAAGGCAAAGACCAAAGAGGCUCGGCAGUCCAUCAUCAACCCCGAGUGGAACUUUGAGAAGAUGGGCAUCGGAGGUCUGGACCGGGAGUUCUCCGCCAUCUUCCGCAGAGCCUUCGCCUCCCGAGUCUUCCCUCCGGACAUCGUGGAGCAGAUGGGGUGUAAGCAUGUGAAGGGCAUCAUGCUCUUCGGCCCCCCUGGUUGUGGUAAGACGCUGAUGGCGAGGCAGAUCGGCAAGAUGCUCAACGCCCGCGAGCCGAAGGUCGUCAACGGCCCCGAGAUCCUCAACAAGUACGUCGGCGAGUCCGAGGCCAACAUCCGCAAGCUGUUCGCCGACGCAGAGGAAGAGCAGAAGAGGCUGGGAGCCAACAGCGGCCUCCACAUCAUCAUCUUUGACGAGCUGGACGCCAUCUGCAAGCAGAGAGGCACGGGCGCCAGCAGCACGGGCGUGCACGACACCGUGGUCAACCAGCUGCUGUCCAAGAUCGACGGCGUGGAGCAGCUGAACAACAUCCUGGUCAUCGGUAUGACCAACAGGCCCGACCUGAUCGACGACGCCCUGAUGAGGCCCGGCAGGUUCGAGGUCAAGAUGGAAAUCAGUCUGCCGGAUGAGAAGGGGCGUGUCCAGAUCCUGACCAUCCACACCAACAAGAUGCGAAGCUACAACCUCCUCGCCCCCGACGUCGACAUCAAGGAGCUGGCGGCCGACACCAAGAACUACAGCGGCGCGGAGCUGGAGGGUCUGGUCCGGGCCGCUCAGUCCACGGCCAUGAACCGGCACAUCAAGGCCACGUCCACGGUGGAAGUGGACAUGGAGAAGGCAGAGAAGCUGCAGGUCACCAGAAGCGACUUCAUGGGAUCCCUCAACAACGACAUCAAACCCGCGUUUGGUACGAACCAGGAGGACUACUCCAACUACAUCAUGAACGGCAUCAUCAAAUGGGGAGACCCGGUCACUCGUAUCCUGGGCGACGGAGAGCUGCUGGUGCAGCAGACCAAGAACAGUGACCGCACACCACUGGUGGCCGUGCUACUGGAGGGCCCGCCCCACAGUGGAAAGACGGCCUUGGCAGCUCAGAUUGCAGAGGACUCGGAGUUCCCCUUCAUUAAGAUCUGCUCUCCAGACAAGAUGAUUGGACACUCGGAGAUCUCCAAGUGCCAGGCAAUCAAAAAGGUUUUCGAUGACGCCUAUAAGUCACAGCUCAGCUGCGUGGUGGUAGACGACAUUGAGCGUCUGCUGGACUAUGUCCCCAUCGGGCCUCGUUUCUCCAACCUGGUGCUUCAGGCUCUGCUGGUGCUGCUGAAGAAAGCUCCGCCAAAGGGCCGGAAGCUGCUCAUCAUCGGCACCACCAGCAGGAAGGACGUGUUGCAGGAGAUGGAGAUGCUGGACGCCUUCAGCACCACCAUCCACAUCCCCAACAUCUCUACCGGGGAGCAGCUCGUCGACGCUUUAGAGCUGCUGGGGAGCUUCACAGAUAAAGAGCGGGCCAGCAUCUCACAUCAGCUCAAAGGGAAGCGAGUGUGGAUCGGCAUCAAGAAGCUCCUCGUCCUCAUCGAGAUGUCACUGCAGAUGGUCGCCGAAUACAGAGUCACCAAGUUCCUGUCUCUGCUCAGAGAGGAGGGGGCGUUGAAAGAAGGCGAUCAAAUCCGAAUUUAAAGCUGUCGGUCGCUCUCGCUGUGCACUGUGACCGCAGCUUCUACGAGUGAAGAAAACACGCUGAGGAAGAGGAGGAGGAAGAGAAGAGGUCGUGCUCUUGUCCGUCCACCCACUUGGUCAAAGAGGGGAACACACGCGUCCCCUUCAUCUCCGCAUGUUUACGUAGGCAAUAUCUCUGUAUCACGGCAAACACCUUUACUUAUCACAGGGCUCUCAAGUCUCACGCAUUGAGCGUGAGACUCACGCAUUUCGGUCUUAUCUCACGCACUCCCGCCACACAUCGAAUUCCUCACGCUGAAAAACCCUCUCGGCUAUUUAAUGCUUGAAUGCAGGGGUCAUCAAUACGCCGAUCGAUUGUUCCGCUGCAGAGCUCCGACGCCGGUCUGCGCGCAUUGGGAUGGAGCACCCCCCCCCCGUCAACAACUUUUGUCGGAGUAGAAAUAGUCACUAGCACCCCCCCCCCCCCCCCUGGUCUCAACAACUCUUUUCGGCUCGAUGCCGGCGCGCGCAACGGUCAGCUGUAUCGGGUGCUGAUGGAAAUCUCACGCUUGCCUGUCUUCAAAACUUGAGAGCCCUGUUAUCGACAUGGCACAGCGAACUACCGGAAGUCGUACUGUUAAACAUCUGUUAUCUGUCAAGAAAUUGGAAUGGAUGAUUGUAAAAAAGAAAAGAGCUUUUUUUGUGCAUCGUGCAAAAAAAAAGCCAUGUUUGUUUUCAGCUGUAGUAUUUGUUGUAUUCGUUGCAUAUCCCCUCCCCCGCCCCGCUGGAGAUAGUACGAUAUGUAUCACCACGACCAACAAUCAGAAUAAACACAAUACAACGGACACAAAUCCCCGAGGUGUUUAAAUAUUUCAGAUUUUAAUCUAUGAGAGGCUUUUAGUGAUAAUGUAGUGGCUGUGUGUAAAAAAAAAAAAGAACAAAAAAAGAAGCUGGUCCAUAUGUAAAUGUAAUUCAAACCUACAGUAUGUAAAGCGUUCAUGUUCUGUACAUAGUAUAUAUAGACAAAAUAAUGUAAACAAUAUAUCAGAAUGUUUCUUCUUCCUCAUUCCUCCAGCCAGAGAUGUUGACUUUACUAGGUUACUGUGAUAGUGAGAGUAAAUGUCGGAUUGUCUGUGUGUGUCAUGUGCAGUUCGGUUCAGACAAGCUAUAAUGUAGCUGUAUAACAUCAUCAGUGUUCAAGAUUUCUAAAAUAAAUAAAAGUUAUUCUCCAAAACUAACAAAAACCCUUUAGUACUUAUCUCUGCGGUUCUUCGUGGGAACCCGAGCUUGUUUCCGUUGGUGUGCGUGGGGAACCAAACGCUGCAUGUGUGGAGUGCAUCGGAGUGUGCGUGAGUUGUGUGCAUGUGUGUUUUAGUGUGUGUGAGUGUGUGUGUAUGUGGGUGUGUGUACAUUUAAAUCUAGGUUUUAGGCAGUCGGUGAUUUAUUUGUUUUUCUUUCAUGUUUGGUGCUUAUCGUCCAAAGUUCUUGUUUUGUUCUGACCGUUGAUGAUGUGGUUGUGUGUGUGUGCGAGUGUGUGUGUAGAUCUAUAUCAACAUGCAGAUGUAUUAUUUCAAUAAAAGGCACAGAUGCACAGGAAAAAGAAACUCACA